GACCAAUACAUUAACGGGAUUGCAGUUUUGAAAGAUGAGACCUGGGUUAUAGAAACUAGCUUUAAAAAGAUUAAUAAUAGUUAACUGAAGAAAGGAAGAGUGGAGGAAAUUGGGAAAGCGAGUAGCAAGCGGCAGGAGGAAGAGAAGAGGUAAAGUUGUAAGAAACUGAUUGCAGUAUGAAAGCAGAGGGUUGAUUAAUUAAUGUGAAGAGGGGUUCUUGCUAUCUACCGUCUUCAAUACACUGCAGACUCACGUCCCGCCAUGCGCUUCGAUUUCUUCGAUGCAGCCUCAUCACUGCAGGGCACGUCAACCACCAUACUACCUCCACUGAAAAUUACCAUCACCGUUGAACCUAGUUCUUCACACCAAUGACAUUGAUGAAGUUCCACUACUCUCCACCAUUAUCGUUUGCUCUUCCUGCUAUGAGAGCCUAGUUGACUGUGAUACCAUAUUUAUGAACCUCCCAUAUCAACAUAAGGCUCAAUAAUCUUCUUCUGGAUCAAUGCCUCCUCCCAGCUGUGGAGACGGUGACCGGUCAAAUUUACCGGCUGGGGAAACAUUCAACUUUUUUAAGAUCAUCCGUCCCACUGACAUUCGAGAUGGAAAACUUCGGUUGCCACCAAAGUUUGUUAGGAAGUAUGGAAAGAAACUUUCAAACCCUGUACUCGUCAAGGUUCCAAAUGGCUCUGUUUGGAAAGUGGAAUUGAUGAAAUGUGAUGGUGGGGUUUGGUUACAAAAUGGUUGGCGAGAAUUCUCCAAGUAUUACUCUAUAGGUCAAGGACAUUUACUAAUAUUCAAAUAUGAAGGGUUUUCCCGUUUUCUUGUAAUUAUUUGUGAUAUGACAGCUUCAGAGAUAGAAUAUCCAUUCAGUGAGACAAGCCAUAAAGAUUCUGAUAAUGUCGUGGAAUUGGGAGCACACGUGGAGAUAGUUGAGAAUGAUGCCUCUGUUGAAAUCCUGGGUGAAUUCCCAAUGUGCCAGAAAAGUCACUGUGAAGAAUCCAUUGUCGUUGGAAAGUUGAAGGCACCUAAAGUAAAGGAAAUUGAAGAUGAUUUAUCUGUUGAAAUCCUAGAAGAUUUCCCCACAUGGCAGAAAACAAUGGGAAAACAGCCAUCACGAUUUCCCUGUUCUCAGAUGAUAAAACCUGAAUCUCCUAGUGAAACUGAGAUUGCUUCUGCUCUUCGAAAUCCAGUUAUGAACUUUCAACAGAAAGAUCUUCAAGCUAACGGGAUGAAACUGGCAGGGUCAAAGAGAGACUUGGAUGGGCAUAAAGUCAUGCAAGAUUUGGCAGGUGGACAUAGGUAUGUUAAAGAGGAAGACAAUGGAAGUAGAGACAUGGAGUGGAGAUCCCCACAAGCAAAGUUUCCAGAAGGGAGCAGGCCAGCUACUGUCAAGGAAGAACUCACAGCCCUCCCUUUCAAACCUGAAAACCCCUUCCAUAUAGUUACAAUGCGACCAUCUUAUGUUGGUGUUGGAUGUUCGUUGCGUAUACCAUUGAGAUCUAUCGAGGGUGUUUUUAGCAGAAAGCGUGGGGAAGUAACUCUUCAGGUUUCGGAUGGGAGAACUUGGCCUAUCAAAUACUCUGUUAGAGUAGGUGGAGCAAAUUUGGGUUCUGGUUGGAAGACAUUUGUGCUAGAUAAUCACUUGAAAGUUGGUGAUAUUUGCGUGUUCGAACAGAUUAAGGGCCUUAAUAAUUCACUGAAGGUUGUCAUGUUUCGAGCUUGUGAAGAUGGCACAAACUGUUUCCCAACCGUGCAGAAGUUGGAAAUUUGAAUCAGAGUAAAUGCUCCAUAUUUGUGGUUAAUGAGACUGGUAAGUCUGAUCGCAAAAUAGAACUUUGAAUUUUACCCCAUUUUGAAUCAGAGUAAAUGCUCCAUUUUGAAUCAACGAUAUAUUGUACUGGAGUUUGGUGGUAAAUCUGUCUUCUGUUCCUUUCCGCUCA